CAACAAUGUCAGUCGCAAUGGGUGUGAAGCAACGUUUCAAUGACAUCAUAAAAUCUGAGCAAGAUGACAGGUUCUAUAGAGGUCUGGAGCUCCAGAAUGGAAUGAAAGUGAUCCUCAUCAGUGACCCAGAGACCGAUAAGUCUGCUGCUUCUCUGGAUCUCCAUGUUGGAUCUCUCUCUGACCCUGACGAUUUAGAGGGCUUGGCUCAUUUUUGUGAGCACAUGCUGUUCCUUGGGACAAAGAAGUACCCAACAGAGAAUUCAUAUGUCAAGUUUUUAUCAGAACAUGGGGGAUCAUGCAACGCAUUCACGUCGGCUGCUGACACCAAUUAUUAUUUUGAUGUUGCUCCUCCCUAUUUGUUUGAAGCAUUGGACAGGUUUGCCCAGUUCUUCAUCCAUCCUUUGUUUACUGAGAGUGCCACUGAGAGGGAGGUCAACGCUGUUCAUUCAGAACAUUCCAAGAAUAUCCCAAGUGACCCCUGGAGGAGUCAUCGAGUCUCUAAAGUUACAAGCGAUCCUCAACAUGCAUAUUGCAAGUUUGGAACUGGAAUUGGAUGA